AUGCCGCUCCGAUAUCGCGGAAUCGGAGAAACCAUCGGCCCUGCGGCGCGUGUUCCAGAGUCCAGACGCGCCUAUCGCAGAAAAGCCACGAGGACCGGCAGAUCUAUCAGCGAUCAGCAUUCCCAGCUUCUCCCUCGCGUCUUUGUUGUGCUCGCCGUUCUUCUGGAGCUCGAGACCCCUGUUGUGCCCGCGAUGCAUCCAGAUCCCGAGGACCAGGUUCCCAUCUCUACGCCCAAGAGGCAGAGAGCGGCAGCUCCCAAUGGCGCCGUGAAUGGGUAUACGGAGGAUGAACAGGCCCUCGAAGCCACUCCUACGAAACGUGUGAAGUUCACGCCCCAGAAACCAACUGCCGAAACCCCGGCUGCUCUCAAGGCGUCGGGAUUGAGGACUCCAACACAUAAGGGUAGAGCUAAAGCUCUAUUCUCGACACCCACGAAGCAGACCACCGUUGCGUCACCAACCAAAGCUCGUGCCGACCGGUCAGCUAAGAAAAAGAGCGCACGCCUUCUGCUCGAACAAGAUGACGAUGAUGUCUGGGAUGGUGCGGAUCGACUGGCGGAGGAAAUUUUGGAGGAUGAUAAUGAGGCUGAGAACAAAGCAUCUACAACCAGAAAUGGUGUCUUAGAUUCCAUCGAAGAGGAGCCUAGCCAACCAGCCGCGAGCGAUGCCGCAGCGCCAACACCCAAACGUCGUGCAGGUCGACCGAAGGGCGCGAAGAACAAGCGUUCUCCUACACCAGAGGGAGAACUACCGGCCCACGAGCGAUAUUUCUUUCAAAAUCGAGCCGGACCGCCUCGGACAUCGAACAACAACCUUGGGAAGAUGACGCUAUUGACGCACGAGGAGUACUUCGAGAAGAUGUCGCAGUACGUGGACCCGUAUAAACAAGAAAAGUCCUUUCUAUUGGACCUGCAUUGUCGGUCAUUCCCUCAGUGGGAUUUCGAGUUUGACCAAGGGUUCAACAUCUGUCUCUACGGAUAUGGGUCCAAGCGUCGCCUACUCCAGGAAUUCGCAGAUUGGCUCUAUCACCGGCAUAGUUCCGCGUCGCGUUCCGUGGUGGUCGCCAACGGACACACUCCCAACAUCUCGAUCCGGUCUAUUUUCGCCACCAUUGUGACUGCUGUCCUAGGGGCCGAUAUCCCUUCCAAGAUGGGAUCCCAACCACAAGAAGUACUCGAAUUGUUACAGUCGGUCUUGAAGUCACGAACUUCUCAAAAACCCAUCACCGUCCUCAUCAACUCGAUCGAUGCCCCGUCCCUCCGCCGAGCAGCAAACCAAGCCCUCCUUGCCCGACUGGCGGCAACGCCUAAGAUCCACCUUCUCGCGACAGCGGACACACCGAACCUCUUGCUGAUGUGGGACCUGAGUCUCCGCGACCAAUUCAACUUCGUCUUCCACGAUUGCACGACCUUUGCUCCAUUUGAUACCGAGUUCGACGUUGUCGAGGAGGUCAGCAGCCUCCUAGGCCGCAAGGGACGCCGAGUAGGUGGCAAGGAGGGUGUUGAGUUUGUAUUGAAGAGUCUUCCGGAGAACGCCCGGAACCUGUACCGGCUGCUCCUUACGGAGCUCCUGUCGAUGGCCGACGAAGGGCACUUAUCCGACGAUGACGGGGAGGGUGGUCAUGGAGCAGACAAUAGCCGAGAGGAAGCCGGAAUCGAAUUCCGGCUACUGUACCAAAAGGCGGCGGAAGAGUUCAUCGCGUCGUCGGAGAUGAUGUUCCGGACGUUACUGAAGGAGUUCCACGACCAUCAGAUGAUCACCUCCCGGAUGGACACGAGCGGGACGGAGAUCCUAGGGGUGCCGUUGGCGCGAGACGAGAUGGAGGGUGUUUUGGAAGAUUUGGUUUUGAACUGA